UGGAGAAAAAAAGGUGGGAACCUGAGAGGUGCUGUAUACGGUAAUCGAAGUUUUUCCCACAUAGCAGUUUAUUAUGCCAUUAAGUUUGUUUACCUCAUAUUUCUGAUUCUGACAGCGGUUAAUUAUUUAUUUAAUUGCCGGUUUUGAAGCUUCGUUGUUUAUAUGAGCUGUUUUGCCAGAUUAUCUGAAGACGGGAGUUCUCACAGUUUUUAGCAAUGUGCUGGAAGCGGGGGGAUAUUUGUUUAGUGGCUAAACGUAAUGUUCGCUGGAUCCAUUUUUUUUUUUUUUGGGGGGGGGGUGUUUUUCAUGUUGUCGUGGGCUGGCUGUAGCGACUGAAUCAGUUCAGAGGAAGGUCGUUCAAAUAUUAUCCACGUUUUUCCUGCACGUAUCCACAUUUCUUGGGAUGUGUUCACAUUUUUCCUCUCACGUUUUAAAACUAGGUGUUUUUCCUGUGAUACGGCGAAGAAGUGCAACAUUGGAGUGCAUGAAACACUCAGCGACCUGUGGAUUACAGCAAGCUAGCCAAGGUUAGCUAGCUUCUUGGGUCUAUAGAAGUUCGGCUACAUAGCUGGAUUUUUGGAAAGAAGAGGACACCCAGAUUUCUAAAUUAUCAAGCAUUAAUCUUAAAGAAUUGCUUUAUAAUACGGAAAUACGGUCUCUGAGUGCCUUUCAACAGUGGGACCUCGUUUAUCGUGGAAUGAGGCCGUGGCUAGUUACUUUCUAGUUUAGCUAACGUUAGCGGUGUGGGAUUUAUUUUUUCUCGAAUCGGAAUACUUUAAAAAGAAAAAUCAAACAUUAAAGUGAACUAUCCCAUACAAUUGUGGGAAAUGACUAUUUUUAUUCUCAAAUGUGUCGCCAGAACACACGAUCAAGCUAUUUAGUGGUAAUUUUUUUCAGGGAGAACCGAAAUCCCAAAGUUAGCUGAGAAGAUAUUGCUGUUAAUUAAGAUACAACCACGUUGGACCCCUGGCCCCUUUUUAAGGGGGCUAACUGGACUAGCUAGCUUGAUUUAUCUUCUCCUUUUGAAAACUUUUUGUUUGUAUUGGAUUUCUUAAACGAACUUUGGAUAUCUUCAAAACACACAGAGAACACACUCGAAGUCACAAUGCGGCUUGGGACUUCAGCGGUUGUUUUGGUUACUUUUAUCUACAUUGGAUGUCAGUGUGUCCUAACAAAUGGAGAAAUCUGUCAGAGUAAGGAUAUCCGUAACAACGUGACCAACCUGCAGUUAUUAGAGAACUGCACAGUAAUUGAGGGCCACUUGAAGAUCCUCCUCAUGUUCAAGGCCAAGCCCGAGGACUUCAGGGGCCUCAGCUACCCCAAGCUGACCAUUGUCACCGACUUCCUCCUCCUAUUUAGGGUCUAUGGUCUAGAGUCCCUCAGCAAUCUGUUCCCCAACCUGACGGUGAUCCGAGGCAACAACCUGUUCUUCAACUACGCCCUGGUUCUGUUUGAGAUGGUGGACCUUAAGGAGCUGGGGCUCCAGAGCCUCAUGAACAUCACCCGGGGAGCCGUGAGGGUGGAGAAGAACCCGGACCUCUGCUACCUCUCCACCCUGGACUGGUCCAAGAUCCUGGACACAGUGGAGGACAAUUACAUUGUGGCCAAUAAGAAUGACCGGGAGUGUGGGGAUGUGUGCCCAGGCACGGCCUAUGGGAAGACCACCUGUCCUCAGACUACCAUCAAUGGACACUUUGGAGAGCGCUGCUGGACUCAGAACCACUGCCAGAGAAUGUGUCCCUCCACCUGUAAGCAUCGGGCCUGUACCCAGCAUGGCCACUGCUGCCACGACCAGUGCCUGGGAGGCUGCUUGGAGGCAGGCAAAGCCAGCAGCUGUGUGGCCUGCCAGAACCUCCAGCACCAGGACACCUGUGUGGACCACUGUCCCCAGGGAUACUACAUCUUCAAGGGCUGGCGCUGCGUCUCUCUCUCCUUCUGCCAGGACCUUCACAACCAGUGCAAGAAUGGAAAGAGCAGCGACUGCCAUGAGUACGUCAUCCACAACAAAGCCUGCAUCCCAGAGUGCCCCUCAGGGUACACCACCAUCAACUCUACCGCGUUGAACUGUACCCCGUGUGCGGGGCUGUGUCCUAAGAUGUGUACAGGGCUGAAGACAGUGGACUCUGUGACAGCAGCCCAGGCUUUGAGAGGAUGCACCGUGCUCAACGGCAGCCUGAUCAUCAAGAUCCGUGGAGGGAACAACAUAGCAGCAGAGCUGGAGGCUAACCUGGGUCAGCUGGAGGAGAUAACAGGCUACCUGACCAUCAAGAGAGCCUAUGCCCUUGUCUCUCUCUCCUUCCUCCGCAAGCUACACAUCAUCCGUGGAGAGACGCUGACCCAAGAUGGGAACUACUCGUUCUACGCGCUUGACAACCAGAACCUGCGUCAGCUGUGGGACUGGAACAAACACAACCUGACCAUCCUUCAGGGACGCAUGUUCUUCCUUCACAACGCCAAGCUGUGCAUGUCUGAGAUCCGCAAGAUGGAGGAGGUGACGGGCACCAAGGGGAGAGACAUCAAGAAUGAAAUCGCCGGCAGGACCAAUGGAGACCAGGCCUCCUGUGAGAACCAGGUGCUGAAGUUCACCACGGUGCGCACGCAGUCAGACAAGAUCCUCAUCAAGUGGGAACCCUUCUGGCCGCCUGACUUCAGAGACCUACUAGGCUUCAUGGUCCUCUACAAAGAGGCGCCCUAUAAGAAUGUGACAGAGUUUGAUGGCCAGGAUGCGUGUGGCUCUAACAGCUGGGUGAUAGCUGACAUAGACCCUCCACCCCGGGCCUCGGAGGGGAAGGAGCAGGGAGAGCCUGGCUACCUCAUCCAUACUAUGAAACCCUAUACCCAGUACGCCAUCAUGGUCAAGACCCAGCUCUCCGCCUCAGAUGAACACCAGGUCCUCGGGGCCAAGAGUGAGAUCAUCUACGUCCGCACCAAUGCCACCAAGCCGUCGGUGCCGCUGGACCCCAUCUCAUCAUCCAACUCGUCCUCUCAGAUCAUCCUGAAGUGGAAGCCCCCCACGGACGCCAAUGGCAACAUCACUCACUACCUGGUGUUCUGUCAGCAGCAGCCCGAGGACAGCGACCUCUACAAGUUUGACUACUGUCAAAAAGGAAUGAAGCUGCCGUCGCGGGUGCCUACCCAUCUGGACACUGACGAGGAGCAAAAGUGGAACCAGACAGACGAGUCUGGGCCAGGGAACCGCUGCUGUGCCUGCCCCAAAACAGACACCCAGCUCAAGAAGGAGGCUGAGGAGUCUGAGUACCGCAAGACCUUCGAAAACUACAUCCACAAUGAAGUGUUUAAAGUCAGACCGUCUCGUCGGCGCCGCUCAGUGGGCGUGGCCAACGCCACCCUUCCGCACUUCCUGACCACUCCCCCCACCCUGCCCAACACGUCCACCACGCCCAGCCCAGAUGGCGAGGGGGUGGAGGGCUCUAAGGUGACGUUGGUGGUGUAUGCCAAGGAGUCGACCGUCAUCUCCAACCUGCGUCACUUUACCAGCUACCAGAUAGAGAUCCAUGCCUGCAACCACCCCACAGACCCCCAACGCUGCAGCAUGGCUACCUACGUCAGCGCCCGCACCAUGCCCGAAAAGAAAGCUGAUGACAUUGUGGGCCAGGUGACCCAUGAGAUGGUGUCGGAGCACCCAGAGUCUGUCCACAUCAAGUGGCUGGACCCCAAAGCCCCCAAUGGCAUGAUCAUCCUGUACGAGGUCAACUACAAGAGGUUGGGAGACCUUGAGGAGCUGCAUCACUGCGUGUCCAGGAAGGCCUACACCCAGAUCGGCGGCUGCAGGCUGAGAGUGGUGCAUCCUGGGAACUACACCGUGAGGAUACGUGCCACAUCGCUGGCAGGAAACGGCUCCUGGACUGAACCCACCUUCUUCUUCAUGCCCGACAAGGACACCACUUCACUGAAGAUUAUCAUUGGCUCAGUCAUCUGCUUCAUCCUGCUGCUAUUCGUAGGAGGUGGAGUCUUCAUGAUCUUCAAGAAGAAACAAACUGAGGGACCCACUGGACCUCUGAUCGCCUCGUCCAACCCAGAGUACCUGAGCGCCAAUGACAUGUACGUGCCUGAUGACUGGGAGGUGGCGAGGGAGAAGAUCAACAUCUUGAAGGAGUUGGGUCAGGGCUCAUUUGGCAUGGUCUACGAGGGCAUCGCCAAGGACAUUGUGAAGGGCGAGCCGGACACGCGUGUGGCGGUGAAGACGGUCAACGAGUCGGCCAGUCUGAGAGAGAGGAUAGAGUUCCUCAACGAAGCGUCGGUCAUGAAGGCCUUUAGCUGCCACCACGUGGUGCGUCUGCUGGGGGUGGUGUCUAAAGGCCAGCCCACUCUGGUGGUGAUGGAGCUGAUGACCCACGGGGAUCUGAAGAGCUUCCUGCGCUGCCUCCGACCAGACUCUGAGAAUAACCCCACAGGGAAUCCCCCUCCCACACUGAAGGAGAUGAUUCAGAUGGCGGGGGAGAUAGCAGACGGCAUGGCCUACCUCAACGCCAAAAAGUUUGUCCACAGAGAUCUGGCCGCCAGGAACUGCAUGGUGGCUGAGGACAACACCGUCAAGAUCGGAGACUUUGGCAUGACCAGAGACAUAUAUGAGACGGAUUACUACCGUAAGGGAGGGAAGGGUCUGCUUCCUGUCAGGUGGAUGGCUCCUGAAUCUCUGAAGGACGGAGUGUUCACCGCACAUUCAGACUGCUGGUCAUUUGGUGUGGUAUUGUGGGAGGUCAGCACCCUAGCAGAGCAGCCUUACCAAGGCCUGUCCAACGAACAGGUCCUCAAGUUCGUCAUGGACGGAGGAUACCUAGACAAACCAGAGAACUGCGUAGAGAGGAUCCACAACCUGAUGUCGAUGUGCUGGCAGUACAACCCCAAGAUGCGUCCCACCUUCCAGGAGAUCAUCGAGAUGUUGAAGGAGGAUGUUCACCCCAGCUUCCAGGAGGUCUCCUUCUUCUACAGCGAGGAGAACAAGCUCCCCGAGACAGAGGAGUUUGACUUGGACCUGGAGAACAUGGAGAGCAUCCCACUGGACCCAUCGUCCUACUCCCAGAGAGAGGACAGCGACAGUGUAUCCAGAGACAAUGGAUCCAGCCAGAACCUAAGGGGCAACUAUGAGGAACACGUGCCCUACGCACACAUGAACGGUGGCAAGAAAAACGGACGAAUCCUAUCAUUGCCGAGAUCCAGCCCUUCCUAACAUUUCCUAAGGUUUUCUUCCUCCUUUCAAACUAUUUAAGUUGUUUAACUCUUGCAGAAACCCUUAAGAAAACUGAUCUCAGGACAUGUAUUUUCUUCCUCACAGCUGCCAAGCAUGGUGGGACACACAAUGCAAACAUUUUGGUAUAUGUUGAAAGACAUUUUUGCAUUUAUCCAGAAUCAUCUACUACAACUAUCUACUAUCUUUAUUUUUUUGUUCACUAUUGCCAUGUUUCCAGGACUGGUUGAUGGAAAAAGAAGAAAAAAACUGUGAACACUUCUUGCCCUUUCCACGCUGCCCCAUCUCUCUUCCAUUCUCUUGAAAACCUUUUCAGAUAGUGGCCUUUUUAUUUGUGGCCUGUUAACAAAGAGAAGUGUCCAUCAAUACUUGUAUUAAUUUCCUUUGAAUUUCCUUUGAAAUUAGAUAAGGUUUGAACCAUGGGACGGCAUAAACUCUCUAGAACAAAUGUCUAUUCGUAGAGAAACUUUUUAUUUAAUUUUUUUUGUGCAGAAUUCCAAACUUUACGGAGAUUAUUUUGGUUGUUUGGUGAAUAGUUCUAAUUUAUUAGCAUUUUUUGUCUAAUUUUUUCAGUUUUAUUUCUGAGUCCUCACAUUAUGGCUGAAGGAUAUUUAAACAGUUAAAAGUUGGGCAAAAUAGUUCCUCAGACUGACCAAUAGCUGCUGCUUUCAUAUAUUUUUGUGGAUAUAGAAUAUAUAAUAUAUAUAGUAUAUAUGGAAUAUUUGGUAUUUAUAUCAAUAUUUUAUAUAGAAUAUAUACAAUAUAGAUGUUUUUGUACAUAUUUCUUAUUUGUAAUGUUUUCAUCUGAGGCUUUUCUGGUAAGAUGGGGGGGGGUUUUCGGUCUUUUCUCUCUCUCUAACCCCAGAUAUCACACUAAUCGGCCGCCAGUGCUCUGUUGUCUUAGACCUCCACACGUGGUUUUACUUCUCUUUCAACCCCUCAGGAGAACCCUGUUCUCCUCAGCAACAAAGGGCAGCCCACUAUUUUAGAAAAAUCAUGGCAUCUUUCAAAUGUUGUUCGUCCUGUCAGUAGAAGCGUUUGGGUGGGCCACUAUGCUAAAAUGACAAGAACCAAAAACUGAAAUGGGAAUGAAUGGUGCCUUGGUCUGAUGGAGCCAUGGUGUAGAUGUCCAUGUUGUGUUAAAAUGUGUCUGUUUGGUUGAUCAUUAGCGAUCUGUUUGAUUGAUUGAUGUUAUCGGUGGGGCUAGAAAUGUGAUGUCUGCUUGCUUGGACAGUUUGUCUUGGCCUGAUGAUUGUACUUGGCUUGUGCGCUCUUGGCUUGUGCUGUUGGUAGUGGGGUUUUAUAGGGUUAUAGUUGGGUCAUAGGAGACCCAUCUACCUAUCUAUCUCCUCCACUGGAGUCAGAAGCCCAUAUAGGUGGAUGUAUUGCAGGACCACAUACCAUCAGGGCUUUGAGAGAGAUAUAAUGCAGUGCUUCACAUGGGUAACGAGCAUCAGCUCUACUCCAGCACAACCCCCAUGUCCUCAGACAACUGGGUUUGUUUUGACCCUACCACCACCCUACGCCCUCUCCCCACAUAACGAUCGCCUCAUUGGCUGUAAUGUUCGCUGACACAGGAAGGAGGUCAGAAUCAGGCUGCUGGUGGAAUUUUCCAUGUUACUGUGGUUGAAUGCUUUUGAUUUUGAACAUUUUGGAAAGUUCCUAUUGCAUUCAGAGUCCACAGCGGGCAGCAGCGAAAGAGAGGGAGGGAGCCGUUAGAUGAAGGUGUGUGCGUGUCGGUGUGUACUAACGGAGAGAGGUGGUGUACAGGUGGUGGUAUGUUAUGAGUCAGGACACGCUGUAGCUGUACAACAAGUGCUGCUUUACCCCCAGGGCUGGGCUAACAUUCUACUAUUGGCAGUGGAGACCGUGUUCGGACUUGCUGUGUGCCCGUUAUUCACAACCCCUUCUCCCUUCCACCCGAAAGAAAAAGAUAUUGAACUUAUUUCCCCCUGCUUUUAAUUUGGGUUUCUUUCAAUCCCACACCCUCCCAUUUGGAUUGUGGUGUACCCCUCCCCACAAUUUGGAUUGUAACCCAUCACUCUAAUAUCUAAAGAUGGGUUGUGAAAGUGUAAACCUCUGUCCAUUUACAUUCAUAUUAUUAAGUUCCAUACAGACAUUUAAACAUUCCUGUCAGCUUCUUCCCAGCACAAGACAAAGUCCUGAUUUGUUUUUAAAGUAUACACACACUUAUUCUAUGUGGCACAAAUCACAAAUUGGUCUUAACUACAUAAAGAUUGAUUGAAAAGUGUCUACAUGGCAUUCCCAUUGAGAAGCACAAAUAGCCCAAUCAUUAGUAGUUCACACACACACACACGUCUCUAUUUGUCCCAUUAUCCCUCCCUCUAGCCAAAGGCAGUGAUACUCAUUGUCUAUUGUCAGAAGCAUUGAUAAGGGACAGAAAAGCACAGACAGGAGCUAAGGGUAAGUCAAUCUGACCAGCAGUUUGAGCCUGUGUGGCUGUUAAGAGCUUACAGUUAUAGGCCUGGUGUUAUUAACCCUAACCUGCCCAUUCAUCUUCGCCCAGUUAUCACUGUUUACCCCUCUAUGUCUGUAUGUCUGUCUGUAUCGGCGAUGGUGGAACCGCAUCAGCCUCCACCCAGUGCCUUCUCAACCAACCACAGACCAGAGAGAUGGCUGUACAUUGCACAGGCUGGUUACUGUUUGUUUGUUGGCACAUACUCAUGUUAAUGCGUGUAGCUACAGUGUGUGUGUGUGUAUUUAUACAUGUUAGACAGAGUGAGAGAAAUACGACUCGUAGAUGGGAGCUAAAUCCAUACCGUAAAUCUCAAGUAGUACUUAGAGAUGAUGAGAAAGAUAUGACAGUUGCUAAAUAACUUCUAUCUCUCUGUUUCUACGGGGAACAUCGGCUUGUGAGAGAGGUAUGUGGCUAGUUUUUGGUCAGUUGUUGUAAGGGUUGAAUGGCAAGUUAAUUUAGUGCUAUGGUGUUCAAAGUUUAAGCAAUGUUAAACCACCUUUCUGGUUCUCGCUGAUUCUUGAUCUACUCCACUUACUCGAAUGCCCCCCAAAAUGUUAGUUUUUUUUCCUCAAUCAGUUACACUCUCAUACAUUUUUACUUUGUAAAUACUAAAGAAUAUAUUGUCUGGAAAAAAAGAGUGAAAAAGUGGGAAACCUCCCUCACAACUGUGCAUACAGUACAUGCCCAUAACGAGAGAUAAAUGGUGGAUCUCUACAUAUGACCAUUGUCUCUUUAUGGCGGUGUAUACAAGUGUAUGCAAUUUUCAAUUCAGAAGAUCACCAUCAUCUUUGAAAAAUUACAGAUAUUUAAUAUUUUAUUUAUUGUAUUAUUGUAUAUAUAAAAAAAAAACACUGUUCGCUUUUUGUCCGUUUUUUAAAUAUUGAAAGUCAGGUAAAAAAAAAAAAAAAAAAAACUAGUUAAGGGUAGAGCUAUAAAUGUGAAAAGGAGUUGGUAGUUGUAGUUUCUAUGCAUUUGGCCACAGUCUACCUCAGUGGGUGUUUGGAGGAAUCAGUUUGAGACUACAGCAUCUUUCUUCGUCUGUCAGUCUGUUGGUAUCCCUGUAGUUCAAAACAGAGGACAGGGACAGCCCCUUUAAAGAGAUUAAAAAGAUAAGACCCUGCGUGUUUCUCAACAUGCGUACUAACAUGCUCCGAGCACGCAAAUUGGACCACGAGAGGGUCGGUUUAUGAGUCCAAAUCAAAGUAUACAUAAUCUCGAAUGCGUACUCCGUUUUUAAAUAUUUUUGAAGCAUGCAUCGAUGCACACUUCAACAGAAAGUAUGCAAAGAAAUAUGACGCAACCACGUAAAAAAUGAUAUAACAUUUUUUUUUACAUCAAUGGAGGGCAUUAGUUCAGCUGAAGAGAGAGAAAAUACACAUCAACCUCGGAAUGAAAUGCAUAUUCACAUGUCAUAUGUUGCCAGACUACAAUAUUUUUUUCUUGAUACCUUCAUAAAUACCUGCUGUUUACCUGCCUACUUACAAUAGAUUGCAAGCCCAUAAUUAGUCAAUAGGGCUAACUGGCUAGCUACUACUGUUAUAUUUGUUUUAGAUCAUUUUUGCCUGUUAAACUAUCUGUUUAGUUACAUUAUUAUGAUUCGCAUAUAGCUGAUAGUUAUGAAGUAAAACGGUUGCUUUGUGUAUAUCUUGUUUCAUCUCUCAUGCCAUUGUCCUGGCUGGAAGACGGUUCAGUGAAUGGCUAAAUCCAUAGUAUGUCAAUAGGGCUAACUGGAUAACUAGCUAGCCACAAAGAAUUGGUAGCUACCCGUGAAAAAUGUACAUCUACCUGGCAUAACAUUAGUUUCAGGUCAUUUUUUGGUUAACUAGCUGGCUAGCUAGAUUAUUACGAUUCACAUAUCUAUCUGAUAACUAUGAAGUAAAACGUUUGCUUUGUGUAUAUCUCGUUUCGUCUAUUGCUGCCAUUGUCCUGGCUGAAAUACGUUUCAGUGAAUGGGGAGGUGAAGCGUAAGGUAAUAUACAGUUCAAGUCGGAAAUUUACACACACUUGGAAUUAAUCAUUCUCUCUACUAUUAAUCUGACAUUUCAAAUUCUUAACAUAAUGUGGUGAUCCUGACGGACCUAAAAAAUGAAUUUUUACUAGGAUUAAAUGUCAGGAAUUGUGAAAAACUGAGUUUAAAUGUAUUUGGCUAAGGUGUAUGUAAACUUCCGACUUCAACUGUAGUAGGGGGGAUGGCGAAUGCUUCUCUACACUCUCGUCCUCACAAGAACGUACUCGAGAACGUAAUCGGAGAAUGCACUCGGAGCAUGAGUGUGGAGUAGGGUAGAAUGCAUAUUGAGAAACACCCUGAUCAGAAUAAGAAGAAAGUAACACGUUUUGACCCAGUAAUUAUCCUGAUUAAGAACUUUUUUUCUCAUAUUCAAACUCUACAUUAUCUUAACAACCAAGUAGGUUAACCCCCAGUGUUGUGUGAAGCACAACCUCAAUGCGCUUUUAAAUGUUGCCCCAAACUUUAAUUUGACUGGAAAUGUAUUAGAACAGGUAUAUCAGUCAAGAAUGUAGUAAUAUGACAACCUUUUGACUGGUGAUUAAUUAUGAAAAAUGUGCGUUUUAGGUUCCCACUCCCAUUAUUUGAAUAGGCUUUCAGAUUCCAAAGCGUCAGGUUUCUUUUUGAAAUGAACAUAAUUUUUACAUACCCUGUAACAACGGUUAAUGUAAUAGCUGUUGUUACAUACCCGCUAGCUGAUAGUUGCUUUGUGAGCGAACUAGACUGCUUUGCUUUUGUGCAUUUAUUGUUCUAGGGAAGACUUGAUUUGAGCUUUUUUAUAGAAAUUCUGCAUCAAGACAGAGUAGUCCAAAUCAUGAUUGCAUAUUUCUUGAUCACAUAUCCAUAGUCUGCAAUAGCUCAGCCUUGGUCAUGCUUUUCACCAUUGACUCACCAUAGAUGAAAUCCUCAGUGUUGGUUUGUGUGGGUAUAUACACUACCGUUCAAAUGUUUGGGGUCACUUUGAAAUGUCCUUGUUUUUGAAAGAAAAACACUUUUUUUGUGUUCAUUAAGAUAACAUCAAAUUGAUCAGAAAUACAGUGUAGACGUUAGUUGUAAAUUACUAUUGUCGCUGGAAAUUGACAAUUUUGUUUGAAAUGGAAUAUCUACGUAGGCAUACGGAGGCCCAUUAUCAUCAACCAUCACUCCCGUGUUCCAAUGGCACGUUGUCUUAGCUAAUCCAAGUUUAUCAUUAUAAAAGGCUAAUUGAUCAUUAGAAAACCCUUUUUGCAAUUAUGUUAGCACAGCUGAAAACUGAUAUUCUGUUUAAGGAAGCAAUAAAACUGGCCUAUUUUAGACUAGUUGAGUAUCUGGAGCAUCAUUAAAUAAUGGUGCUCCAGAUACUCAACUAGUCUGAAAUAGGCCAUAGGUGUGUUCGAUUACAGGCUCAAAAUGCCCAGAAACAAAGAACUUUCUUCUGAAACUCAUCAGUCUAUUCUUGUUCUGAGAAAUGAAGGCUAUUCCAAGCUAGAAAUUGCCAAGAAACUGAAGAUCUCGUACAAAGCUGUGUACUAAUCCCUUCACAGAACAGCACAAACUGACUAACCAGAAUAGAAAGAGGAGUGGGAGACCCUGAGCAAGAGGACAACUAGUCUGAAGAAGGCCAGUUUUAUUGCUUCUUUAAUGAGCACAACAGAUUUCAGCUGUGCUACAUAAUUGCGAAAGGGUUUUCUAAUGAUCAAUUAGCCUUUUAAAAUGAUAAACUUGGAUUAGCUAAGACAGCAUGCCAUUGGAACACAGGAGUGUGUCUAGUGUGUGUAUAUAUAUAUCUCCCAGAGUCCCUGUUCUUCUCAGUCAAAUACGGAUAGCAUUUAGUCUCAAGGCCGUUUAAUGUAUCCUCCAGAAGUGUUUUUAUUUCUCUGUUCUGUUGUUUUCCCUUAAUGUUGUAUGUAUUUUUUUUCUACUGUGAAUAUCAAGAAAUGACCUUAUUGUUAUAUCAAUGCCAUGGAAUGGGUCUGUCUGGACACUGCAUGCCUCCGCUGGUCAAAGGACUAGAUUUGAACUUCUCAGGGAGGCACGUGUAUCGGGGGUUGGGUGAUGGAAGGAGCUUCCAACCUGUUUCUGACUGAAGUGCAAGUGCUCUUGGCAUCCUAGCAAAUCAUAUUUUAGGGGAGAUGUAGCUUAGAAGUUGUCAACAAACAACCACCCUCUUGCAAAUCAAAUGUUCAGCCUUUAAAGUUAAUGAUCUGAUUGUAUGCCUGUUAUCAUUGUGAUAUGUGGUGUUCACUGCCCCCAGCUGGCUGGAUGGGGGAAGUGCAGCAUCAGGACUCGAGUGUGUAGCCAGGGCUCUGUCCCAUAGUGCCUUGCUCAGACAGACUGCCCUCCUCCUGACGACACAGCCAGCCAGACCCUCAGUGCCAUGGACUGGACUAAUCUGGUCCGGACUGGACGGUCUCAUCUCCCAACGUCCCAGCAGGAUAAUACUGGAGUAUUAACGUAUUAUGCAUUCUAAGACAGGAGAUAAUUGUGUUCUGUACUCAUCGCUGCAGUGAGAAGGAUGCAACACAUCCCCUUUGCUUGGCUGGAUGAUUCAUGAUAUAACUGUAUUGGGAUAAUUGCUGUAUGUGGACGAUAUUCAUGGUUUCACCAAAAUGUUGAUCUUCUUGUCUCUACUGGUGCAAAGCUCUUGCUUGAAUUCUGCAUGAACCCAACCAUCCCCAGCUGAUUUAGUUUUUAAUUUAAUAGAAUUUUGUAUUUUGGCCAUCUCUUUGUUGAUGAUAGUCCAACACCCAAAGCACAUGGGAUCAUGUAUAAUUAGCAACUAUUGAUUGCAUGACAUGGGGAGAAUAGAACUCCCAUUUAAAAUAGUGGCAGAUAUCGGUGAAAAAUUGUAUCACUUGAUUUAGGGAAGUUUAGGUUUAGUUUGAAACUCAAAUCAAAUGUUAUUUGUCACAUGUCUAGUAAACAGCAGGAGUAGACUAACAGUGAAAUGCUUACUCACUCUGAUAACCUGAAAAUGGAGUUUGACAGAGCAUGCUAGUGCUGCAGCGCAGGUUGAGAACAAAGCAUUGUAUUAAUUUUAUUGUUUUAAAAAGAAAGUAUUACAUUUAGAGAUGUUUAUUUCUAUUCCUUUUGGGGGGGGGGGGGG